AUGCCCUCCAUUGGGAAGGUUGCCACUCAGUUUCCUGGAGUGGAUAGAACUACCCUAUGGUGCCAUCUCAAGCAUUCCCAGGAUUCCAAACCUAUUUCAGCAGCUAAACGUGGUCUUCUGACACCUACAGAAUCUCAGGAACUUGUGGACUUCAUUAAAGAAAUGGGUGAUCAGGGGUUUCCACUCAUGUACAAAAAAAUCACUGAAUAUGGACUUGCAAUUGUGCAGAUUCACAAUGAAAAUAUAAAGUGCAUUGGCCAUAACUGGGCACAGCGGUUUGUUCAAAGGUUUGAAGAUCAAAUUGGUGCAAAAACUUGCACGCUUCUUGAGAAAACCCAUGCAUCAGCAUUAAAUCCUGAAAAUGUGCGACACCACUUUGAUCUUCUUUCCAAGACAAUCCAGAGCUAUGGGAUCCACCCAAGAAAUAUCUACAACUGUGAUGAGACUCGAAUGUCCCACUUUGACAAAAAGUGGUGGUAUUGGCAACUUCCAGACAGGGCCACUACAUUACCUGGGACCCAACAGGCAGUACAGAGCCACGAGUUUUCUGGUGACACAGUUACAAAAGAGAACUUCCUUGAAAUCUAUGGGACUGCUCACCUUAAAGCCUUUACCAAGGAGAACAUACUCAAGGCAUUUCAGAAAUCUGGAAUUUGGCCACUCAAUCAGGAUGUUGUGACUCCUGAAAUGAUGUGGCCAAGCACUAUGACAUCACUUGAUGCAAGUUCAGCAGUCCCAGUGAUGCUUCCCUAA